CAGUGCGCUCUGACCCGCUGAAAUAAGCGGCCGGCCUCGCGGCUCUGAUCCGCGAUCGCGUUUCUACACGGUGUAUGUUCGAAACGAUGAAUGAAAAUAUGCCGUCAACCCUUUCCCUGCCGAUCCACGCCUCGGAUUUUAACGUUGCCUGUAACGCGAACAACCGAUGACCUCGCGUCUUUUGAAACCAAAUUCGCACCAUGAAUACGUUAUUCUUAUUCGGUACACACCAUGCGUCGAGGACAAAGAGAAAUAUCGAGACAAAGGGUUGAUGUCUCGCUCGAGAGUUGUUCGUUUGUUCGUUGCUCUAAUUGGAAAGGAUACACGAGUGCAUGGUAAAGGCUGAGCAGAGGCUCAACACGCCGGCGGGAAGGUCAGUUUCCGCUUGAAAUGUCCGCGGUGAAAGUGUCAGGGGGGGAUUUAUUAAUAGAAAGGGGAUGAAUUUAGAGUUGUGCUGUUUGUUCGUGUUUGUUCGAAGAUCUUUCUGUGAUGUUGACGAGCUGCUUGUUUCCAUGUGAAUCCUCCUCUCUGCGGAGGUAAUGCAGUGUUUAUCGGCCAGAGGGAACUACGAGGCAGAGGCAGAGGCACGAGGAAUUAGGCUAAUGCUUUCGAUAGCCAUCGUUUAACUCGAUAAACAGACAUCGUUCUGGAACACGAGUCGAACAACAUCCCAGAGAUUGGACUCUAAUUUUACAGAGUGUUCUCCGGUGAAAUCAAACGUACAACUCGAAUAAAAACAAUGUUUUCCCUUAAUGAAUCAACUUGGAAAGACAUUUUCUACUGACGAAGUUAAUCCUCCUCGAAUUCAAAGAAAUUGCGCAACAAAAUACAUUGCACGUUCAACAAUGGACAUUCAACGAUCAUGGUCAAUCGCCACGAAUGCGCGCACGUCAUCGAGGAGAAUCCUCAUUCGUUCGGGCAAAUGCGUCGAGACAACCGUUUCUCAAAGAAGAUUCCACUCAAGGAAUUGCCAACAAUUACACCUAUCUUCCAUACAACAUCUAAAACAAUAUCUCGAGCAACCGAAUCAAUAUCAUCAUCGAUUACGUAUUUAUCGAUCUAAAAACAAAUUCUAAUAAAUAGAGAUCCGAUCAUAAACACUUACCAAUCCAAAAAGAGGCUCGACGAACACCCAAUUUUACCUACUUCAAAUUCCAAUAAUCAACCUGUUACCAACUUAAGGAAGAAAAAGCGUGACGGCGAUGAUCGUAAACGAUCAGGCGCGUUCCACGGCCAUGAUCGAGUAAGAAAACCGCGCGAGCGGAGCGAUCAACGGUUCAUCAUGUUGAACGUAAUGGCAGCGAUGACGACGAGUCUGCCCAGCCGAGUGGAUCCCAGCCCUACGUCUUCCAGCAACGCGAGCACCCCGUCGAGCACCGCUGCGAACAACGUCACCUCGGUUCCAGUGGAGAACCCAACGGUCGAGAAUCUGCCCGAAAACGUGAACGUGUUCGUGGUAGUGAUCAAAGGGAUCGUGAUGGGGAGCAUAAUCACGACAGCUGUGCUGGGCAACGCCCUCGUGAUCGCCAGCGUGAGGAGGCACAGAAGAUUGAGAGUGGUGACGAAUUGCUACGUGGUGAGCCUCGCAGCCGCGGAUCUCCUUGUUGCUAUGUGCGCGAUGACGUUCAACGCCUCGGCCGAAUUGUCGGGCGGCAAAUGGUUGUUCGGCCGGUUCAUGUGCGACGUGUGGAACUCGUUGGACGUGUACUUUUCCACAGCCUCCAUUCUUCACCUGUGCUGCAUCAGCGUGGACAGGUAUUACGCCAUUGUCAGCCCCCUCGAGUACACGGUGAUCAUGAGACAGGGGACUGUGGGCUGUAUGUUGGGCAGCGCGUGGAUUUUGCCCGCUUUGAUCAGCUUCAUACCUAUAUUCAUGGGUUGGUACACCACGCAGGAACAUUUGGAUUACAUGGUGAAGAAUCCGGAGGUUUGCUCUUUCGUGGUGAACCGGCCGUACGCUGUGAUCAGCUCGUGCAUCUCCUUUUGGAUACCCGGCUUGGUGAUGAUAGUGAUGUACUGUAAGAUCUACAAGGAGGCGGUCAGACAAAGGAAGGCGCUCAGCAGGACGUCGAGCAACAUCGUGCUGAACAGCGUGCACCAUCACAGGUCCUCGACCAGGCAACACCAUCACCAGCAGAUGCUGCUCCAAGCGGCUGCCGAAACCGGCACUUCGAUACGACAACAAACGAAGAGUUGGAGAGCCGAGCACAAAGCUGCGAGGACGCUCGGAAUAAUAAUGGGCGCAUUCCUUCUUUGUUGGCUGCCAUUUUUCCUUUGGUAUCUAACCACGUCCUUGUGCGGCGAGGCCUGCUACUGUCCAGACACGGUGGUGUCCGUCCUAUUCUGGAUAGGUUACUUCAACAGCGCCCUGAACCCGCUUAUUUACGCGUACUUCAACCGCGACUUCCGCGAGGCCUUCAAGGACACGCUGAAGAGCGCCCUCCCCUGUUGCGCCAGUUGCUGGAAAACACCGUCGCAAUUCGUCUAGCGAGAAAAACCCCCGUGAAUAAUCGCGUCGAGCAAAAAAUGUUGCGAUCCAUUGGGAAUAUCGGUAUCAUUCGUCCAACUCGAUUUCCUAAACGUGGUAAAAAUAAUACCGUCGAUCGCCUGUCGAGCCGGUUUCUUACAAUUGUGAUUCGAUUCCUCUUUAGAGAUGUACGAGAAUCUUUUAUUACGUGUGGCAGUUUCGUACGAUGGGGAAAUUUGAGACGUCGAUUGUGUGAA